AUGAAAGAUGGCGGAGAUGAUGAGAAAAAACACCUGAAAAGAGAAUUCUACAGCUACAAACAUGAAAACGCGCAUUGGUAUUCUAGAAUAACUUUCUUUUGGCUACUACCUCUAUUGAAAAUGGGCUACAAACACCCGCUGGAAAUGGAAGAUCUUGGAAAACUUCCAAUAUCUGAGAGUUCAAUGGAGCAAUUUGCAUGUUUUACAGAAACAUAUAACAGAAAUAAGGGACCAGACAAAAAUCCUUCUUUGUGGAAAUGUUAUUUUCAAUGCUAUUGGAGGAAUUUCUUCAUUGGUGGAGUUCUUAAAUUCCUUGGUGACAUGGUUGGAUUUGUAGCACCACUUGGAAUAGCUGUUAUUGUUGAAUACGUAACGAACAAUCAAGUUCAGAGCUUUGAGGGUAAAUACAUUAAAGUUAAUGACUUUCUGAGGAAUGGAUACAAUAUGGCUGGAAUAAUUUUCCUAAGUGCAUUGGCCCAAGGAAGUUUCUCCCAAGCUAGUUCACAUAUUAUAACUGUUGAAGGAAUACGUCUGAAAACUGCACUUCAGGCUUUAAUAUAUGAUAAAACGUUAAAGCUCAGUAUGUCAAACAAAGAUGAUGAUUCUUCAUCUGAAGGAAGAGUGGGGAGCACUACAAAUCUGAUGUCAGAGGAUGCAUUCAACGUCAUGACUUGUUUUUGGAUAGGCCAUUAUACUUGGGCGAUACCAUGGAAGGUGGCAGUGUUGAUGUAUUUGUUGUACUGCAAGCUUGGACUAAGUGCUGUUAUCGGUGCGCUAUUUUGUAUUAUCUUCAUGACUCCUUUACAGUUUAUUAUUGGGAAGAAAAUGUCUAACAAUUCGAAGAUCAUAACAACUUUGUGUGAUGAAAGACUUAGAAUGACCAAUGAACUGCUGCAAGGAAUUAAAGUUCUUAAACUAUGCGGCUGGGAAAAUGAAUUCUGUGUCCGGAUCACAUCCGCUCGAAAGAAAGAAAUCAAGUUUUUAGACAAGGAUUCCUUGUAUUGGGCCUUGAUGACUUUUCUGACCCAUAGUUCUACUUCACUGAUAACACUAGUUACUCUUGGAGUGUACUAUUACAUAGAAGGAUCUUCACUCUCACCAGCCAACGUCUUUUCUGCAUUAGCGCUUUUCAAUCAACUAACAGUGCCACUUUGUAUUUUUCCAAUUACUGUUCCCAUCAUAAUUAGUGCUUUGAUAAGCACUAAAAGGCUUGAAGAAUUUUUUGCCUUACAAGAAACUAUUAAUAUUCUACCUGCCGUUCAUGACCCAAUUUUUCAAAAGAACUCUAAGAAAAAUAAACCAGAAACUAUUCCAGAAGUGAGGAGAGAAAGCGCCUUUGGCCUCAAAGAUAUCGUAGAAGAAACCGAUGACACCGGUGAUAGCAAUGACACAAUUAAUAAAGAAGAUGUAAAAGUUCACAAAAGUUCUGUUUGUAUUCUGAGAGAUGCUGGAUUCUCUUGGGGUGAAGAAGAGAAACCUACUUUGUGGAUAGAUAAACUCAACAUACCUAAAGGAGAAUUGACGGCUGUGAUCGGCAGAGUUGGAAGUGGUAAAAGUUCUUUUCUUAGUGCUCUUCUUGGGGAAAUGAAAUCUGUUUCUGGCCUCCUCAAAUGGGAAAAAGGUGUUUCAUUGGCAUAUGUUUCUCAGCAGCCAUGGCUCUUGAACGCUACACUAAGAGAUAACAUUUUGAUGGGCCUCCCUUACAAACCAAAAAGGUUUAACAGAGUUAUAAAUGCUACGGCUCUCCAGCCUGAUAUUGAUAUUCUGCCACAAAAAGAUCUUACUGAAAUCGGAGAAAAGGGCAUCAACUUAUCCGGUGGUCAGAGGCAGAGAGUCGCUAUCGCUAGAGCUUUGUAUUCAAAAGCUAACGUCAUCAUACUUGAUGACCCACUUUCAUCACUCGAUUAUCAUGUUGCUCAACAUGUUUUUGAAAAAGGAGUAUUAAAUUUGGUGACGAAACAGAAAAAAACUGUUGUUAUGGUCACACAUUCUCUUCAUUUGCUUACCUAUGCUGAUUUAGUCGUAGCAUUGGAAAGUGGUCGACUUAAGGCAUGUGGAAAGCUUAGAGAUUUAGAGCUAGUAGACGGUGUUGUGACUUUUGUCAGUGAAGAAAGAGGAAAAACAGCAAGAGAAAGAUGGCAACUAGUUAGACUAGUUUCUCGAAUAGGCAGAUAUAUAAGGCAGUCAGGCAGACAGCAGAAUAAACCGCUAUUUAUACCUUUUCAUAAAAGACUGAGUACAGCAUCGGAAUUUUUCUGGACCGGUGAAUUGCCAUUACCAGAAAAAGAACUACCUCUCGGGAGGGCUAUGACCUUGCCUAGGCACAGGCCCGUCGCCAGAGCAAGCUCCCUCCAACCGCACCCUAGUGCUCCUCCCCAAGUUUGUCCCGUCACGAGGCAGGCUUCUAGUCCAACCAUAAAUCAAGGAAGAAGGUCUAGGACAUACACUUUUGACAGUGGUAUACAAGGAGGAAAUUUGUUGAAGCAAAUAUUCAUGACUUCAACAAAAAAUGUUCAAACCGGAUCGGAAAUACCUGUUACAGGUAGUUUCAAAGAGAAAAAUAUUUUGAAAAGACUGAUGUCAUCUGCUUCUAUCAAAUCUGUAGUAUUCAACGAAAAUGAAAAACAUCCUAUCCAAAGGCUGCCGUCUACUUGUAGUGAUUACAGUGAUGACUAUUGCGAUGAUGAAGAUGAAUUGGAUCCGGACUGGUGCGGAACAAGUACGACAGAUGAAAGACAGUAUGGGAAAAUAUCGCCAUAUGUGUACCUCUCAUAUGUGAAAGCUUGUGGAUAUUUUGUAUCGAUACUUUAUUUCACUUUAGCAAUUUCUUGGCAAGCAUUUAGGGUUUAUACUGACUUUUGGUUGAGUGCUUGGACUGAAGAAUCUUCUACUUCAGAAGAAAAGACAUUUUAUUAUUUGACGAUGUACACUGGGCUUUCAUUACUCAGCGUUUUGAUAUCUCUAUUAUACAAUCUUCUUGGCCAAUAUUGUGGUUCACAAGGAAGAAAAACACUUCAUAGAAACAUGCUAUUUUCAGUUGUAAGGCUUCCAAUUACUGUGUUUGAAAUCAUGCCUUUGGGUAGAAUACUUGCUCGCUUUUCUACAGACAUAAAUAUAAUUGACAAGAAAUUGGCAACUUCUAUUCAGAGGUUAUUGCAGUUUCUUUUCUUAUGUUUCUCUGCAAUCCUUGUGAAUUCUAUUGUGACUCCUUGGUUUCUUAUCAUCGCUGUUCCAAUUUGCAUAAUGUAUUAUGUUGUACAAAAAUUUUACCGUUCUUCUUCUAGGGAACUGCAAAGACUUGAUAGUAUGACUAGAACUCCCAUUAUUUCACAUUUAACUGAAACUUUGUCUGGCCUUGAAACUAUCCGAGCUUUUAAACAACAAAGAAGAUUUACUGCAGCCAUGCUUUAUAAGAUUGAUGCUCACACAAAUGCUUUUCUUAUAAGCAAUUGUGCAACAAGGUGGCUUGGAAUAGCUCUUGAUUACCUCGGGGCUGUAAUAGUCCUACUCGCAACACUUGUUUCUCUUAUCUGUAGCUGGCUUAUGCCUCAAUUGAUAACACCUGCUUUAGUCGGUCUUGCAAUCAACUAUACUUUACUACUUCCAAUUUAUCUAAACUGGGUUGUUAAGUUUGUUUCUGACGUUGAGAUGUACAUGGCUGGAGUAGAACGUAUUGUUAAUUAUAUUCAGAUGCCCUCUGAAAACUAUAAAACUAAUGGAUUCAUUCCACUUAAGUGGCCUGCGAGGGGAGAAAUAAGAUUUGAAGGUGUAACACUGAGAUAUGAUCAUAGUAAUGAAAUAGCGAUUCAUAAUUUAACUCUUCAUAUUAAGCCAGGACAGAAGGUUGGUAUUUGUGGGCGUACUGGAAGUGGUAAAUCUUCUCUGGUUAUGUCUUUAUUCGGCAUGACUCCAAUAGUUGAAGGAACUAUUUUGGUAGAUGGUGUUGAUAUUUCAGCAGUUCCUCUCCAAAUACUUCGUUCGAGACUUUCUAUCAUCCCACAAGAUAUAAUCAUGUUCAGUGGAACAAUCAGGGAAAAUUUAGAUAUGGAAGGAAAAUUUAAUGAUGAUAAACUUUGGCAAGCAUUAGAAAUGGCCCAAAUGAAGGAAACUGUAUCCACUCAACUAGGUGGUCUUGAUGGUCAAGUUCGUGAAGGUGGUGUUAAUUUAAGCUCUGGACAAAGACAGCAGCUAUGCCUAGCGCGAGCUAUCCUUCACAAUGCAGCGUGCUUGAUAAUGGACGAGGCAACCUCUUCUCUAGAUCCAACCACGGAGCAAACCUUUCUCAAUGCAGUAGAAAAGGCUUUUUCAAAGAAAACAGUUGUCAAUAUUGCGCACCGUCUUGGAAGCCUUCUCUCCUGUGAUAGAAUAAUCGUCUUAGAAUCAGGGCGGGUGGUUGAAGAUGGCACUCCGCAUGAACUGCUUCAUCGAUCAAUGGGAAUAUUUUCGACCAUGUUACGUUCUACAGAAAGGCAGGAGCCUUAUCAUUAA